AUGAAUCCAACCAUACUAGCCUGGAGGACAGAACUCACACCAAUGAAUGGAAGAGGCCAGGUGAUUCCUCUACUUGGUGAAUUGGACACCCUGACCCUAGGCUCACUGACCAUCAUCUUUGUUCCUGCACUGGAUGCUGUCUGUCCAUCCUGCUCAUAUCUGGUACCGAUGCCAACCCAGAGACACCUGUCAACUGUAUGCUCCAUGUUCUGGGCACUGUUACUAUGGCUGAGCAUUUUAAACAGGUAGUCCUGUGGCUUUCUAUUUGAAUGGUGUUAGGCAUUUGAUUUCAUAACAGCCACAUGGCCAGUUUUUAAAUUUAUCAUUCUCUCUGGAUCCACCCUGGCCCUCCAAUCAAUAUUCUUGUGUGACUCCCAGCAAAUGUCACUAAUCUAGCUGCAUGUGACCUUCCUGCUCAUAGUGCUGGUCUUCAGUCUCUGCAACCUGUCCUUCAGUAUCCCAUGAUUUCUGUUUUACUGAAUUCAGAAUGACUUUUGUAUACUCCCUGUUCAUCUUUAUUUGGUUUCAGCUGCUCUGUCCCUUGUUAGCAGCAGCAUCAACUCCAUCAUUUACUCUUUUACUACAUCAGAUAACAUUGAUAUGAGAAGAGCCUCAAACUGGUUGUCCACAGUGUGCUGCAGGACACUCCUGAGGUCAGGGUCCAGGACUCUUCCUAGUUUUGACAAAUCUCAUAUUCAGUGCAAGGCUAAAAGGGCAGUAAAAGGUCGAAAUAUUUUUGAUUAG